UCUUCAAUCAACCCCAUAUCUAUCUAUUCAAUCAUUGCCAGGUGUCAUCUCCAUCGUUGCCUGCUUAUCUGCUGAAAGAACUCUUUCUUCAAAAAACACAACCAAACUCAAUAACACUCUCCUUCUCCUUCUGCUUCAGCUUCGAAGCUUAGAAAACCAGAUAAAAAAUGGAGACUGGGGUAGCAUGCUUUGCACGUGCGACAAUCUUGCCAAGUGUUGCUUCUCAACAUACAACCAGCUCAUUUGCCUCUCCACGCACUAUUUCCCCAUCUUUCACCACCAGGAGUUUAAAAUCAAGCUCGUUAUUCGGAGAGGCCUUGAGGGUGAUGCCAAGAUCGUCACUCAAGGUUUCAAAGUCACAAAAUUCCUCAAUCGUAACCAAAUGUGAAAUCGGUGAAAGUCUGGAAGAUUUCCUAUCAAAAGCAACACCAGACAAGGGUUUGAUCAGAUUGCUGACGUGUAUGGGCGAAGCUAUUAGGACCAUUGCGUUUAAAGUCCGGACCGCUUCUUGUGGUGGCACAGCCUGUGUUAACUCCUUCGGUGAUGAACAGCUUGCCGUCGAUAUGCUUGCCGACAAGCUCUUGUUUGAUGCAUUGACUCACUCGCAUUUCUGCAAAUAUGCUUGCUCCGAAGAAGUUCCCGAGCUUCAAGACAUGGGUGGUCCAGUCGAAGGCGGGUUCAGUGUCGCGUUUGAUCCCCUUGACGGAUCCAGCAUUGUGGACACCAACUUCACCGUCGGCACCAUCUUUGGCGUGUGGCCGGGAGAUAAACUAACCGGGGUCACCGGAGGAGACCAAGUGGCUGCCGCCAUGGGGAUUUAUGGACCUCGAACCACUUAUGUUAUUGCCAUCAAGGGUUUCCCUGGAACCCAUGAGUUUCUUCUUCUUGACGAAGGGAAAUGGCAGCAUGUGAAAGAAACCACAGAAAUUUCAGAAGGGAAGAUGUUUUCCCCUGGAAAUCUGAGAGCCACUUUUGACAAUCCCGAUUACGACAAGCUGAUCAACUACUACGUAAAAGAGAAGUACACUUUAAGAUACACCGGUGGAAUGGUGCCCGAUGUUAACCAGAUAAUUGUGAAAGAAAAGGGUGUAUUUACGAAUGUGAUAUCACCAACAACAAAAGCGAAGCUAAGGCUUCUCUUUGAGGUGGCUCCUUUGGGGCUAUUGAUCGAGAAUGCAGGAGGUUAUAGCAGUGAUGGGACACAGUCUGUGUUAGAUAAGGUGAUUGUGAAUCUUGAUGAUCGGACUCAAGUAGCUUACGGGUCUCUAAAUGAGAUCAUAAGGUUUGAAGAGACACUAUACGGGUCAUCUAGGCUCAAGUCUGUCUUGAUUCCUCUACAAGAGCUAAUAGCUAUGGAAACAUCAAAUCGAUUGAUGAUGCAAGAGAGCAAGAGCUCAAAAUGGACAAGAGAACAGAACAAAUGGUUCGAAAGUGCUUUGGCUAUAUUCGAUACAGAAACGCCAGACCGAUGGUCAAAUGUUGCAGCUUUAGUCCCCGGAAAAUCAGAGUUCGAAGUGAGACAACAGUACGAGGAAUUGAAAGCCGAUAUCAAUAAUAUCGAAGCCGGUUUGGUUCCCGAUCCCGGCUACUUCACCUUCAAAUCAGAAUUACUCCAAGAUCGCAGAUUCAAUUCUUUCGGGAGUCGACUUUUCAGGUCUAGAUCAUUAGAUCACGAAAGGAGAAAAGGCAUUCCAUGGACAGAAGAUGAACACAGGAGAUUCUUGAUGGGACUUCAAGUUCAUGGCAAAGGUGAUUGGCGAAAUAUUUCUCGUAACUUUGUGGUGACAAAAACACCAACACAAGUAGCGAGUCAUGCACAAAAGUACUUUGCAAGACAACAUGCUGACGGGAAAGAGAAGAGGAGACCUAGCAUUCAUGAUAUCACCACCGUCCACCUGCCACGAACCACCAGUUUCUCAGGCGACAUGGACAAAUCAUCCCCAUUAAUGGUUAAUACACCAAACAACGGAAUCAAUAUCCGAGUAUACAAUUCUGGUCUCUUUUUCCAACCUACGAGGUACCAGGUUCAAGGUUAGCCAACCCGGGUUUAAUUGUGCUUGUAGUUGAGAUCAAUACUAUAGUACUCUUUAUGAUCUGUGUACAAUGUAUUAAUUGUACUUAUGAUAGUAUAGAAGCUUGACUUUCUGGUUAGUUUAAAGAUAUACGUGGUUUAAAUAUCGAAUUAAUGAGCACAGACGACAAACUUUCCAUCUCAUCAGCUAUCCAUUCUUUGGAAAAAAGAACUUGUUUUGGAGUAUGACAAAGGUUCUCACUUCAUGAAAUAGCCUUUUCAAUUCUCUGCAAGUUGCAUAAUUAAUAGAGCACUUUGCUCCACCAUUCCAUUCUAUCCUUGAUCAAAGCUUAUAUGUGGGGAUGACCCACAUAUGUUAAAGCCUCGAAUCAUAUAUUAUGUUUAUCGCAUGUUUUGUAUGAAAUUUUGUUUUAAUACCC